GAAUUACCAUGAAGCGGGCCAUGGGAAAGGAAUACCCGAUGGGAUUGGUGGCACCUUGAAGAGAAUGGCAGAUUUGCGAGUAAGACAUGGCAAAGACAUAAUGUCAGCAAGUGCUUUUGUCGACGAAUUAGAAAGUGAAACAUCCAUCAAAUUGUACCUGAUAGGAGAUGCAAAUGCUGAAGAAGCUAAUCUAAAACAACUACAGUUGAAGCCAAUACCAGGGACUAUGAGCCUUCAUCAAAUCAUAGUCACGGCACCAGGUCAUCUUCAUUACAGAGAUGUAAGCUGCAGUUGCUCAGUCAGAAAACCAUGCAAGGGCCAUGAUGCAAAAGAUUUUCUAUUUGCACUGUCAAGACUAAGUACUAGUCAACAUCCAACUAGGAAAAGAGUCAAAAGACCAAACAAAGGUUCAUCAGAAAAACACAUUGAUGUCACUACCUCCGAUUUUGACUCAAUUCUUGCAAAGUUACAGGCUUGCUCCGAUUUUGAAUCCUUACAAGAGGAAUGCCUUUGGUUGGACUUAGAAGAAAUAGAAGGCCAGUCCAGAAGCGCGUUAGGCAACAUCCUGACUGUUGAUCAAAGGGCAUUGGACAUGUACCCCAAUGAUGUCCCUGGAGACAAGGUACUCUUCCCUACGAUUGUCAGAGCUGAUCGAGAGUGUUUGCCUUCCUCAGGCAGCAUAUUUGCCUAUGGAAUGAGGACAGAUCCAAUGAAAUGCAGGCUUGCAUAGUU